AUGAAUUUAAGUGAAUUAAGGAGAGUAAGAAGUGGAAUUUAUGAAGAAAAUAGCAAUUUAUACUUAGACAGCUUAGAAGUACCAAAACUAAGAAUUAAAGAACAUAUAGAAGAUUCACACCGUCUAGUUUUCAGUGAUCUAGAUGGGGGAAUACUUAAGACUGUUGAUAAAAAAGACUCAGAAACUUUUCUACUGUGUGUAUUUUACUCGAUACCACAUGAUAGCACCAGAGUAAGUACAAAAACGGGUCAAAGAUAUGCUAUUUGGAAUAUUAGCGAUUUAAGAGAGCACAAAUGUAAACUUUACUUAUUUGGUGAGGCAUUUAACAAACUAAUAAGUGAGAAACCAGGUUAUUUAUACUUGAUUUUUAAUCCUAGUAUAAUAACUGGUUUAAAUUGUAGUUCAAUAAGUAUAAGCUCUCCAGAUCAGGUAUUAAGGAUAGGAAAAGUUAAUGGACUUUCACUAUGUAGAGGUAUAAAUCGAAGUGGGACUACAUGUAGCAAUCCAGUCGACAUGAAUUAUCAGGGACCAUUCUGUAAAUACCAUCUUUCUAUUAAGACACGGCAGAAAAAUGCUGAGAUAUUCGAGAGAAAGAACAAGGAAUUAGGAAAGAAAAUUAAUUCUAAUUUUGUGUAUAAUGGAUAUGAUGGGAUAUUUUUCAGUAGUGAAAAAGUACUAUCAAAUAAUGAUACUCUUAAUCAAAAAGAUAAGCUUACAAUGAACUAUAGAAGGGUUCCAAAUUUAAACACUAAAGAAGCAAAUGCAAUAAAGCAGGAAAAUUGUCUCUCACAAGGUUUUAAAAGAAAAAAGAUGCACUAUAAGGAGUUAUCAGAGAAUCAGAAACAAUUUAGGGUACUAGCUUUACAAUUUGCUGACGCUUCAAUCUCAAUGAACAAGAAACAUACUGGCAAUAUCUUGAAAAUGCUGGCAGAAUUUGAUAUGACAUGUUUAACAUUAGAAGAUAUACAUGUUACUGGAAUCCUAGAUUUAUUAGUGAAAUAUGAACUAUCUUGUGAAGAUAUAGAUUUUGCUAUAAUGGCACUAAAGAUUAGAUUUAGGAUUUGUAACUCUAAAGCCUACAAACCUAGUUUUAGCGUUUCAACUGAAAAAAAUUGUAUUAUAGAUAUGGAUAUCAGGGAAAAUUUAGGUAUAAAUAUCGAGACUGUUAGCACAGCUUUAUCUACUAAAGAUAAAAAGUCUGGCUCUGAAACAGCUAUAGAUAUUUCUUGGAAAUCCUUACGUAAUCGAAUUAAUGAUCGGAAAGAAGAUAUACAAGAAAAGAUAAGUAAUCAAGGUGGCUGUAAUGCAUUAAUAUCAACUAUUCUAGGAGGAAAUAUUGAGAAUAAAUUAAAGAAGCAAAAAAAAAGUUAUUCCGAAAUAUCGAAAAUAGAUAUUAUCAAGAGACUUGAUGAUGCCUUAGCUUUAAAUUCUGUAUGUGAAGAUGCCGUCAAGAAGUACGAAUAUAAGGCAAUACAAGAAAAGUUAAAUAAACUGGAAGAAGAUGAUAAAAUCGAACAGUAUAGGCAAACUAUUAAUUCAAUCUACAUAUAUAAUGCAAUCAACUGUAAAAUAUGCAAUACUUGGUCAGAGGGAAUUCCUAAUUUAAAGUGUAAAGAUGAUCAUGAAGAUCAACUUAUUUAUAAUCAAAAAGCAUUAAAGGAGUUUUGGAGCUGUAAAACAUGCCAAAUGCGACUUCAAAGCAUCUGUGGAUAUAUGAUUCCGUACUGUCCAAAGUGCAAGGAGAAAACUCUCGCAAAUGUUAGGAGAAUAUCUAUGUACAAAAAGAAGAAUGAGCCUGAAUUACCUAAGGAAUCACUUAUUAUAAAGGAUGGAGAAGUUAUUAUUAAGCUAAAAGACAUGAAACCAGUAGAUGUAUUGUAA